UAUUCAUUUUGUUUAGAUUAUUAGUGCGAAAGAAGCGAUUAUAUGAAUGAUGCAAAAAAAUGCUGUUAAAAUUUUGGCACUUGCGGCGGAUUGCGUGGCGAAGAUUGCUGGCGUUUCAGUUGCCGCAGGGUCGUUGUUAGCCGCGCAUCAUUUGUAUACCUUCUCUGUCAAAAAAUUCAGACGAGUCUGUUGUGACGACCAUUUUGAGGAUGAAGAGGAAGAGAAAACUGUCGUAUUAGAAAUUGCCGUCCCUUUCCAUCACACGCACCACUUCUUGGGUCCGCACCGUGAGCGGCUAAAUGCCUUAGAAGUCGCCACGAACACUAGAUUUGAACUUUUUCAUGCCAAUGACAAAGAAGAUAAAACGCAGUGGCUAAUAUCCGGAGAAAUCUUGAAUGUGCUGAGUGCAGAAGCACAAGUUAUGAACUUUUUACGGAGUCUCCCUCAAGUUUCCGAAGGAAAGCUUGUCUUCGAUACUCCGACAUUCCUCACGAUCUAUCCAGCAUUAUUUCAAAUGAACUGGUUUCGAGGCGUUCAUGGGCAGCUCACAUUUCAUGUGUGCGUCGUCUCCCUCUGGCGAGGAAAUUCAGUUACUAUCCUGCGUCUGUGGAGUUCCAGGGAGAAUGUUGAUGCCGCCAUGGAUGCAAUCCUGGAAGUUAUCGCGAAGCGCUGA